AUGGGGCUGCGACCUCUGGAAUUUGCGGACUGCCUUACCGACAGCCCGUAUUUCCGAGAAAAGUUGCAUGAACACGAAAGGGAAUUGGAAAGAACGAGUAAAUCUAUUAAGUGUUUGAUAGCUUGCGGUAAAGAACUCAUCAACGCUGCUAGAAACCUGUCGAAAGCACAGAAAGCCUUUUCUACUAAUCUGAAAGAUUUCAAAUUUGAAACUAUCGGAAACCAACAGACUGACGAUGAAGUGGUCAUCGCUAAAUCACUUAAGGAGUUCGGAGAUUGCUUUUUGGCGAUUGAGGAAGUGUUCGAAAAAAUGCUGGAGAAAGCCAAGGAGAUGUUUUUGGCUCCUCUGGAGCGCUUCCGAAAGGAGAAUAUCGGCAAAGCAAAGGAGGAAAAGAAACAAUUUGAAAAACAAACUGCCAAGUUCUGCGCAUCACAGGAACGGUACCUAAACUUAAAAUCGAAAACAAACGACACAACAUUCCAAGAGGCAGAUGCUGCCCUUGUACUAGAAGGUAAGCACUUCUAUCAAGCAUCCAUGAAAUAUGUUCUUUUACUACAGGAGGUUCAGGAGAAGAAGAAAUUCGACUUUGUCGAAAUUAUACUUAUGUUUAUUUCGAACUGGUUAACUGUAUAUCAUCAGGGCCAUGAGGUGGCUAAGGAAUUUAAAAGUAAUAUGAGCGAUCUGCAGCUGCGUUUGCAGAAAACGAGAGAAAACUUUAGUAGCACUAGAGAAGAAGCUCAACUGUUGAUGAAUAAAAUGCUGGAAACCCGAGGAUCGAGAGGCGAGUUUAUCGUUUCUCCUAAAUCAAGUAUCUACACUCGUCAAGGUUACUUGUAUCUGAUGGAAAAGAAAGCCUUAGGAACUACCUGGACGAAAUGCUACUGUCAAUACUUAAAAUCUAACAAGAGUUUUUCAAUGAUUCCAUACAACCAGGCAGUCGGAAAGUUAAACGUUCCUGAAACGGGAACAUUAACCAGCUGUACAAGACGGGCUUCGGAUUCUAUUGAAAAGAGAUUUUGUUUUGAUAUUACAAUCUCUGACAAACCGGGCAUUACCUUAACAUUCCAAGCGUUGUCUGAAGAUGAUCGACACUUGUGGCUGGAUGCAAUGGACGGCAAGGAACCUACCUACCAAACACCCACAAAGACAUCAGAAGACACAUAUCAGCUGGAUGAUUCGGGAUUCCAGUUCAUCACAAAAUGUAUCAAUGCACUUGAGUCUAGAGGGCUCGUAGACCAAGGCCUAUAUCGUUUAGUUGGUGUCAAUUCAAAAGUCAACAAACUAACAACUAUGGGCCUUGAUCGUCGGAAAGCUGAUAAGUUAUCUCUGGAAGAUACAGGAAAUUGGGAGGUGAAGACAAUAACCAGCGCUAUAAAACAUUACCUCCGCUCCUUACCUGAACCUCUGAUGACAUUCCGUUUGCAUGAAGAUUUCAUCACAGCAGCAAAACGAGAAUCCAAACGUCUGAGAUUCCAUGACAUCCAUAAGCUUGUUCAUAAACUGCCAGAAAAUAAUUUUAAGAUGCUGGAAUUGCUCUGUGAACAUUUAAAAAAAGUGGCAGACAAAAGUAAUAUAAACUUGAUGACUGUAGCAAAUCUAGGAGUUUGCUUUGGACCAACUUUAAUGCGUCCUGAAGAAGAGACAAUGGCUGCUAUAAUGGAUAUAAAAUUCUGUAACAUUGUUGUGGAGAUCCUGAUCCACAACAACCAUGAUAUUUUCAGUACAACUCCUGAGGACAUUGACAUUGUGGAUGAGGAGUCUGACCAAGCAGAACCAGCUGCCAGUCUUGAAGCAGCAGUUGCUGCAACAGUUCCUAGUAGCACUGACAAGAAAGAAAGAAAACCAUCUGUGGGUAUCUCCACUGCCCAUGGACCCUCAGCAUCUCCUCCUGUAUCAGCUACCACAUCAUCACACUAUGGUAGUUUAUCUACUGCAAGCACAGUUAGCAGUACUCCAAAAAGUGGCUAUUUUUCUGUGACCCCAUCACUGAAAUAUACAAAUCAAGCAGGUUUAAGGCCUCAGCAAACUUCAAAAAUUGUAAUGCGGCACCAAGGUAAAGGCCUUGGACAUUUAGGUCAAGGAGGUGUUGCCAGUGGUGGAAGUGCGGCCUUGUUGGCCAGUCAUGAACCUAGUCAUGGAAGCAGUACAAGUGGAAGCUCUGAAUCACUGAAUUCUUUUAAGUCACCUUCUACAAAUCCGUCUCCGAAAUUGGAUGCAACUCGACGAACCGCGAUCAUGCCUGCUAUGUAUACUAGUGUACCACAGACUGGACUUUUACCUGGGAACCGAAUCCCAAAUCUUGAAGAUAUAGGAACGUUUGGCAGUUUCAAGAGACGAAACAUGCCUGAUUAUUCAACUGGUGGUGGUGGAGGAAUUGAUGAUGGAAUAAGAGGAGUUGGAGGUUUACGUUCUUCCAUGCAUAGCAGUAUGACUAGUAGUAUUGGAGUUCUUCCUGAUGUUCCUUCUGCUAUGUCCAAGUCGAUGACUGAGCCCCGACCAAGGACUGUGAGAACAUUGUAUCAUUGCCAGGCAGAAAAUGAAUCAGAGUUAUCAUUUAAUCCCAACCAAUUUAUACACAAUGUGAGACCCUCUCAGGAGGCCUGCUGGCUGGAAGGUACACUUGACGGAGUGACCGGACUUAUUCCAGAAAACUAUGUGGAGUAUGUUGAUUAA